CAAUAUAGGUGUUUAUAAAAGGCACCAACACCUGGAGCCAGAAACUCUGUACCAGUCCCCACAACCCCACGGAUCUCAAGCACCUGCCUCUACAGUUGGUACAGAUGGCAUUGUCCUGGUUCAAUUCCCUUUGGGCCAUGGAACUUCUCCUGGCUUCCACCACCUUCUGCCUAGUAUUCUGGGUGUUCAGGGCCUGGAGGCCUCGGGUCCCCAAAGGCUUGAAGAGUCCUCCAGGGCCCUAGGGCUGGCCCCUGCUUGGACACAUGCUGACCUUGGGGAAGAACCCACACCUGGCGCUGUCACGACUGAGCCAGCAUUAUGGGGACGUGCUAGAGAUCUGCAUUGGCUGCACACCUGUGCUGGUGCUCAGCAGCCUGGACACCAUCCGGCAGGCUCUGGUGAGGCAGGGUGACGAUUUCAAGGGCCGGCCUGACCUCUACAGCUUCACCCUGAUCACUGAUGGCCAGAGCAUGGCCUUCAACCCGGACUCUGGACCGGUGUGGGCUGCCCGCUGGCGCCUGGCCCAGAAUGCCCUCAACAGCUUCUCCAUUGCCUCAGACCCAGCUUCCUCAUUUUCCUGCUACCUGGAGGAACAUGUGAGCAAGGAGGCUGAGGCCCUCAUCAGCAAGUUCCAGAAGCUGAUGGCAGGGGCUGGCCUCUUUGAUCCCUAUAAUCGGGUGGUGGUGUCAGUGGCCAAAGUCAUUGGUGUCAUGUGUUUCGGGCAGCACUUCCCCCAGAGCAAUGAGGAGAUGCUCAGCCUUGUGAAGAACAGCCAUGAGUUUGUGGAGUCUGCCUCCACUGGGAACCCAGUGGACUUCUUCCCUAUCCUGAAAUACCUGCCCAACCCCACCCUGCAGAGGUUCAAGGUUAACCAGAGGAUCGUGCAGUUCCUGCAGAUAAUGAUCCAGAAGCACUAUCAGAACUUCGACAAGGACAGUGUUCAGGAUAUCACAGGUGCCCUGUUCAAGCACUGCAACAAGGACUCCAGACCCAGUGGUGGCUUCAUCCCUGAGGAGAAGAUUGUCAGUUUAUCAACGACAUUUUGGGGCUCAGGAUUUGACUUGGUCACAACAGCCAUCUCCUGGUGCCUUAUAUACCUUGUGACAAAUCCUGAGAUACAGCUGAAGAUCCAGGAGGAACUGGACACAGUGGUUGGCAGGGCACAGUGUCCCCGGCUCUCUGACAGACCCCAGCUGCCUUAUACGGAGGCCUUCAUCCUGGAGACGUUCCGACACUCCUCCUUCAUCCCCUUCACCAUCCUCCACAGCACAACAAGGGACACAACACUGAAUGGCUUCUACAUCCCCAAGGAACGUUAUGUCUUCAUAAACCAAUGGCAUGUCAAUCAUGAUCAGAAGCUGUAGGGGGACCCAUCUGAGUUCCGGCCAGAGAGAUUCCUCACUGCUGAUGGCACUACCAUCAACAAGACCUUGAGUGAGAAGGCGAUGCUCUUUGGCAUGGGCAAGCGCCAGUGCAUAGGGGAGGUCCUGGCCAAGUGGGAGGUCUUCCUUUUUCUGGCCAUUUUGCUGCAGCGGCUGGAGUUCAGUGUGUUACCGGGAGUGAAAGUGGACCUAACCCCCCUCUACGGGCUGACCAUGAAGCAUGCCCACUGUGAGCAUGUCCAGGCAAAGCUACGCUUCUCCAUCAAGUGAAGAAGACACCAGCACGCUGAGGCAGAAGGAAGGAUGGCAGUCACCCAUAGGCCUCUGCCCUUUUUCCUUUCCUUCUCUUUUUUAAUAACAGCUUAAUUGACAUAUAAUCCAUGCAGGAGAAGAGAAUUUCCCCCUUCUUCUCUUCUAGGUUCCUUGGCUGGUCUAAAAAUUAAAUUGACAUAAGAUGAAUUAAGAGGAGAAAACAAAUUUAAUUUUUUACAUACAGUAGCCCAUAGAAAUAUAAGACUCAAAGAAGUCACCAGUGCAAGCAGCUUUUAUACCUGUAAAGCAAAUGAAGAGUUAUUUGUACAGAUUUGACAAAAUAAAGGAGUUUGAGUUUGGGGUAGCAAAUUAAUAAAGAAGUAACAAAGUUUGUUUAUAAAGCCUUCUUGGCCUUGAAUUCCCUAUCUCUGGUAAUAAGGAUGGCUCCUACCCUCCUGAUAUAGGGAGGGUAUCUUCACAUACUUCUAUACAUUUCCUGCUUUCAGGGGGACAAAGGAGGGGCAGAGAGGCCUUUUUAUUAGCUGUUUCUUAAAUAUCUUUAACUCAAAAUAAUCAAUGUGCCAAAGUGGGAUGUUAUAGGGUGGCUUAUUUUGCUCCCCAUCAUUCACAUGCCAUAGAAUUCACUCCCUAAAAUGUACAAUCCGUGGCGCUCAGUAUAUUUGCAGAGCUGUGCUACCAGCCACCAUCAGUUUUAGAACCUUCUCAUCACCGGGGGAGGGGGGGACCAUACCCAUUAACAGUCACUCCCUAUUCCCCCCUAACCCACCUUCCCUGCCCUAUCAACCCCAGGAAAUUACUACUUUUCUUUCUGUCUCUAUAGAUUUGGCUACUCUGGACAUUUCAUA